AUGUCUUCAACAUACGAUGUCCUUGUCACCGGCUCGGCUGGCCAUCUCGGCACCGCUCUCAUGCUCACCCUGCCCUCUUUGGGAUUCAAACCCCUGGGCAUCGACACCCUCCCUUCUCCCACCACAACAAUCGUAGGCUCCGUUAGCAAUCGCGAUUUCAUCGCCUCUAUUUUCAGUUCCAACCCCAUCAAGCACAUCCUUCACACUACAAUACUGCACAAACCGCACAUAUGCAGCCACAGCAAGGAUGAUUUUAUAUUAACCAACAUUCUCGGCACUCUAGUUCUCCUCGAAGAGUCCUCCAAGUUCACGUCCCGAAUUGAAAGCUUCGUUUUCUUCAGCACGACUAGUACUUUUGGUAUGGCACUAAACCCUAAGCCGGGCUCGCCCGCCGCCUGGAUCGAUGAAUCCGUGAUAUCCGUGCCGAAGAAUAUCUACGGAGUGACAAAAGUUGCGGCGGAGGAUAUGUGCGCUCUGGUGCAAAGGGAGAGAAAUUUGCCCGUGUUGAUCCUCCGCACGAGUCGCUUUUUUCCCGAGGAAGAUGAUGAUGAAGACCGGCGUGCGGCCAUGGGGGAUGGCUUACCGGCGAUUAAAUGGGGGAAAUAUAUCAUCAGUGCACCGCCGCCUUUUGACAGCGAUGCGCAUACACUUGAUGCGCUAAAUCGGGAUCCAGCGGCAGUGUUAAAUAAGAUCUUCCCAGAACUGAAUGCCCUUUUUAAGGAAAAAGGGUGGAAGCAUCUCGAGAACAUUGAUCGGGUGUAUGAUUCAAGUAGGGCUAUUAGGGAGCUGGGAUGGGAACCUAGGUAUACGUUUGAGAAGACGGCGGAGAUGUUGUUGAGCGGCGAGGAAUGGAGGAGUGAGCUGACGGCAAGAGUAGGUAAAAAAGGGUAUCAUUCUGUGAGCACAGGAGUAUAUACGAAGCGAUGA